GUUCUUUUGUACUAUGUUUUACUAACAGGGAAGAAAUUUGUGUAUGUUGAGCCAUCUAGGAGAGUUAAAGAAAUACUUGAAGAGGAGCUUUAUUUUCAGAAAGAAGCAUGCCAUGUUAAACAUCCAGCUGCAGUGGCUCUGGAGGGAAUUUGGAGUUUGAAAAAGAAUUUCUCCAUUGGAAGCCUGAAACCAGUCUCACAGAACAGAAAUGGUUUACUUUUACAGCCUCAACUCUACUCAAGGCAUGCAGGAAAGAAAAAUUGAUGAACUUUAGUGCUAUGAAGACCUGAGCCUGUUGUGAUGUGCCAAAUCAAACAUCAAAUUGACUAGCUGCCUUUAGAAAUGUAGAUCAGUAUCUCUAAGAUUUUGAAGAAAGUUCUGUUUGGAUAGGCAGCUAUUUCCUUGGCUGUUGUUUUAUUCAUAUCCUCGUACUGCUUUUUACCAGAUGUAGUAGCCAAACCUGUUCCACGUUUCAGCCAGUGAUGAAGAUGUCACGAUCCAAAGACAACAAAAUGUUCUUGCUGACAAAAAUGGGUUACUGUGAAACUUGACAUUUUCAUAGGCCUCUCUGUUCAAAGUGAUUCUAAGUUCCAGCAGAAGAUUGUAAAGUAAUUGAAGAAAUGCCUUAAAAUGCCUUAGACAGAGUCCAUUCAUUAAACUGAGCAGUUCAUAAGUCAAGAGUUUGUGAUUCAAUAUCUAGCCUGACUUACUAAAAGUUUAACAUAAAUAAGCCUCUCGAUAUAUGUAAGAGUUAUCAUAGUGUCAAAGAACCACAGAGGCAGCAUAGAACCUGAAAUAACCUGUCACUAAACUCUCAGUCUUAACCAUUGUUACAACAAGGUAAUACCAAAUGAUCAUUAGUUUGUUUUGUAUUAUAACACCACUUAGGAAACAAAUGUGGAUCCUUCUAGGUACUGCAUAAAACCAGAACAAAAGAUAGCUUUGCAAGGUCAUGGAUGAUUUGAGGAGGUCCAGGGACAGGAGUGACAUUUGCAGCUACAGAAUAGCUUCGGUGCUCUGGUAGCAGAUGAGGGCCUGGAAGCUCUCUCCAGCAAAGUGUCUGAGCUGGCUGAGCCUGAACCAUGCAGGAGGACGUAAACAAUGAUAGUAGUUGGAGACUCCCUGCUGCGGGAGGUGGAAGCUCCCAUUUGCUGCCCCAGCAUGCUGUCUGGGGAGGUUUGUUGGGGUGCUGAGAUCUGGGACGAUGUGCUGAGUCUUGUCUGGGCCUCGGACUUUUACUCCGUGCUGCUCUUCCAUGUGGACACCAAAUAUACUGCCAGGGGAGACAUGGAGCGUAUCAAGCAUGACUACAUUGCUGUGGGGCAAGUCAAAGACAUAGGUGCCCGGGUGGUUUCUCCUCAAUCCUACUGGUGAGGGAGUAGGGCUUGAGGAAUUGAUGGAACCUGUAGGUCAACUAUUGUUUGCACAGCUGGUGCUGAAAAUGGGAAGUUGGCUUUUAUGACUAUGGGAUGUCCCCUCUUUGAGGACUAAGAACUGCUAGGAUGAGAUGAGAUUCACCUCAACAUGUAGCACCACAGCUGUGUUUGUACCAUAUCUAGAAGGAUCCAUGAUUGUUUCCUAAGUGCUGUGAUAACACGAGAAACACAUAGUAGUGAUCAUUUGCCUGAUGAACCUGGAGAACUGUAAGAAGGAGUGACAGGGGAGGGAGAUGACAACCGACAAUCAAGUGAGGAGGUGGUGGACCAGGUUGGUAGGCAGGAUAUUUCCUGUCUUCAUGUUUAAAAAUCCAACUUAAUGAUCAGUCUUUGCCUUAUUUCUAGAACAAUUGUAGCACAUUCUUUUCCAAAUUAAUAAUACUUAGCACUUACUCUACAGUUUUCAUUGCCAGAAUUCUUCCCAGACAUCCCUCCAGCACAUUUGUGGGACAAACAAGCAUUACUGUCUUUUUAAAGGAGGGGAUUGUAUUGUACAGUGACAAAAAAUAACUAGGAUUGAUGGAUAACUUAAAGUCAGAGUUGAAGAAUUCCUUAUUUCCAGUUCUAUCUCAGACUGAUAAUUCACAUCUUUCCUAGGAUGUGAUCCUAAGAGGUGGAGAUGGGAUUUGUUUCUGGGGCUCUCAGAUGCUAAGGAAGUAUCUAAACCACACUGAAUAUUGUUAAAAAGGAAGAGUCUCAGUGACAACUGUGUGAAGCUAGACUUUGUUUUCCUUUGCUUUUUUUACAGUUAUCUGUGAAUGAAAUGGGAUGUUUGUUUUAUUGAUUGUCUGGAACUCCUCUCUAACACUAAAACUUUGUUGUUAUUUUUAUAUUAGUGAGAAGGGGAAAAAAAUACCCUUAGCUGGCUCCAAACCAACUCUUUUCAGCAUUUCCAUUUGACUGCUAAACAAAAAAAAAAAUUAUUGGCACUGAAAAUUGCACCUGAGGCACUAGGGGAGUAGCUGCUUUUGAAAACAUUGUUCUCACUUUUUAGAUGCAAAUUUGAUCAUGAACCACACAAUAAUGUUUGAAAAACACUGGGUUUUCAGAUAGAUGCUUUGAUUAAGCUUGUUGCAUUUCACUUCUGCUCCUUGCUUCAUUUUUAUUCUAUGCCCAUCCCCCUGCUUUCUCAUUCUUAGUAUUUUUUUUUUUUUCAUGAUCUUGUUUUAAAAUUUUCCAAGUGAAAAGACUUUCUGGGUCUAUCCUGGAUUCAUGCACUAGCUCAGUUUUGCUGCAACAAAGGCAGAUUUGUGAAUCUCAUUUGUGCCUUUGCUCCCUCUUCCUUUUUGUGCAACCUUGUACAACGGAGAAAUGUCUUUUAGAUCUUUUCUACUGAAUCUUUUAUUUCAGUUACGAGGCUUGGGUAAUUCUUAGCUAGUCCGAUAUAUUCAUGUUCCUGACCUUUUUAUGUGUCU